AUGGCGAUUCAAAGUUUCAAAACACUCGUCAUCGCCGUGGGCGGGACCUUUCCCAAUCUCAAACAAGCGGACCUAAAAGCGCUGAUUGAAAAGAAUGGAGCGACAUUCAGUACCUCGGUCACGGACGAUUGUACUCAUCUGGUGACCACUGAGAAGGAUGUGGAGAAGCAGACUACCAAAUACAAACAAGCUUCUCAGGUCGCCAAUUGUCACAUUGUCCCACUUUCGUGGCUGCUUGAAUCAGACCAGGCCCAGAAGCCGUUGCCAGAGUCGAAGUAUUCCUUCGGGCAGGCUGAUCAGGCUGACCAGGCAGACGACGAUACACAGAAGACUGCAUACGCUAGCGCAUCUGUUCCUACAGAUAACAAGCGUACCUUAAGGAAGCGAGGUGUGGCUGCGGUUUCUGUUGAAAAUGACGCCGACAAAACGACAGUGGACACCAAGAAGAAUGGUGCAAAUGGCAAAGCUAAAUCCUCCGAGGAUAAGAAACCUGCAACCAAGAAACGAGGCGCGGAUGAAGAUCCUGUUAAGAAUGGUUCCAACAAAAAGAAAAAGGACACCCAAAAGACAACAACCAAGGCGAUUAAUAUCCCAAUUGACGAGGGCUUUGAGCAACUGGGUAAACUCAAGGACCCCAAAGUCUACAUUGACAGUAAAGGCCUCAUAUAUGAUGCCACCCUGAGCCAGACUGUGGCAGCCAACAAUGCCAACAAAUUCUAUCGUGUCCAGUUGUUAGUCGGUGCAAACUCAAAGUACUUUGCCUGGACGCGCUGGGGUCGAGUUGGGGAGCAUGGGCAGUCAGCCUGUCUCGGGACCGGUGAUUUGGCAGACGCGCUGCAGCAUUAUGAGAAGAAAUUCAAAGACAAGUCCGGCCUCAGAUGGGCGAAUCGGCUCAAUACUCCUAAGCACGGAAAGUACACUUUUCUUGAGCGCAACUAUGAAGAGGACGAUGAAGAGGACCAGCCCGUGAAAAAAGAGAAAACUAUUAAGGAAGAAGACGACACGCCAAUGGCCAAUAGCGCUUUAUCUAAAGGGCUUCAAAACCUCAUGUCUUUCAUCUUCAACAAACAAAACGUUCUCGACACAUUGGCCGCAAUGUCCUACGAUGCCCACAAACUGCCCCUGGGGAAGCUGAGCGACAGGACUUUGAAAAGCGGGUUUUUGGUCCUGAAAGAGAUAUCCGAGCUUAUGAUUACACCUAGCUUGGCACAAGCAAAACAUGGCGAACCAUAUGCCGAUGCCAUAGAGACGUUGAGCAAUCGAUAUUUCACCUUGAUUCCCCACGUCUUUGGCCGCCAUCGGCCCCCAACCUUGAACACAAACGCACAGAUCAAGAAGGAAAUCGAUUUGCUUGAGGCACUGACUGAUAUGGACGUUGCGAAUGAAAUCAUGGUAUCGUCCAAGGAAGACGAUGACACUCAUCCCCUAGAUCGCCAGUUCCAGAGUCUAGGUAUGCAGGAGAUGACCGAACUGGAUCACAAAUCAAGCGAGUUCAUCGAACUCGAGAACUACCUCCAGAACUCCCGCGGCGAGACACACGACAUGAGCUACAAGGUAGUCAACAUCUUCCGCAUUGAGCGGCAAGGUGAAAACAACCGUUUCAACGCCUCCCCCUUCGCGAACAUCCCAAACAGCGACCGCCGCCUCCUCUGGCACGGAUCCCGCAGUACAAACUUUGGUGGUAUUCUCAGCCAAGGUCUUCGCAUCGCACCGCCCGAAGCACCCGUCAAUGGAUACAUGUUCGGCAAGGGUGUGUAUCUAGCCGAUACAUCGAGCAAAUCCGCAAACUACUGUUGUCACCACAACAGUCGGGGGAUGGGAUUGCUUCUUCUCUGCGAUGCGGAACUCGGUGCGCCCAUGCUGGAGCUUGAACAUAGCGACUACAACGCUGGCGCGGUAGCGCACAAUGAGGGCAAGAUUGCGACGCUCGGCAAGGGAUCAUACAUUCCUGGUGGGUGGAAGGAUGCUGGAUGUUUGAGCCCGGCUUUGCAGGGUGUGACAAUGCCUAAUGUGAAUAUUGGCAUGGACCAGAUUCCUCAAAGUGGUCUGUACUACAAUGAGUACAUUGUGUAUGAUGUUGCGCAGAUCCGACAGCGGUAUCUGUUCCAGGUCAAGAUGAACUAA